AUGUCAUUUUGGAAACGGUUAACAAAAUCUAAAGUUAAACCUCCACCAUACGAGGAAGCCAUUGGCAAGACCAUGGUUACUGAAAAGGAUAAUUCUCUGAAAAUGGAUUCUGAGAAAAGUGAGAAAGCUGCACCAAGAAUUCCUACCGAAAGAGAGGAGGAUGAAUUUGACAAAAAGUAUGAUGCAGAGUAUAAUGGACCUCCUUCUGCAGUUACCGAUGAUGAAUUAUCAACUGAUGCAUCAUCCCUCAAUGCAUGGCAAAGAGUUUUGAACCAGGUCUAUUCCGAAAUACAGGGUCUUGAAAGGUAUCUCUAUUCCCGGUAUUCUAGAAACAUAGUAUACAAAGAUAAAGACUAUGGCCAAUCACUGGGUUUAUUUUAUGUGCAAUUUAACAGAAAAAUAAUAGCAAGAUUAAUUCCUAAAAUUGAAAUAAUCAAACCAGAACAUGGUGGAUUUCCUGGUUUGAGUGAUCUUCAAAAGUUCAUUGCAAAGAAUUCUCAUCUUUUAGAUCCAGAACUUAAAGCUAGUGUAAUGAGAAAGGGGCAAUAG